AUGAAUAAUAACCUUGGUGGUUUUUUCUUCAUAUAUGAUUAUGGUGGAACAGAUUCUAUAUGUAGUAUAAAACAAGGGUCUCCACUUGCUAAGUUGAUUUGCAAAGCAAAGCUUAUUAUAUGGAAUGAGGCUCCAAUGCUAAAUAAGAUUUGUUAUGAAGUACUCGACAAGUCUUUCAAAGACAUACUUAGAUCUUCAUCAUCAUACAAUGAAGACUUACCCUUUGCUGGUAAGGUAGUCGUACUUGGAGGUGACUUUAGACAGAUUAUACCUGUUAUAAAUAUGGGAUCUAGAAAAGAUAUUGUACAAGCUAUAGUUAACUCAUCUUAUCUGUGGUCAUCAAUUGGUGAUGGUCUUGAAGGAGAUUCAAUUGAUGGUGAGUUUGAAGUCAAUAUUCCAGAAGAGAUUCUAAUCAAGGACAGUGCUGAUGGCUUUGACAAUAUCAUUAAAUUUGAGAGAACCAUUCUUGCUCUUACACUAGAUAUUGUGCACGGGGUAAAUAAUUAUAUAAUAAAGUAUAUUGAAUCCGACGAGAAAGUUUAUUUGAGUUCUGACUCCAUGUGCGUUGAAAAAGGUAGCAUGGAGUCAGAACUUAAUACAUUUACUCUUAACGUACUAAAUGCCAUUAACUGCUUAGAGUUAUCACCUCAUGAACUUAUAUUAAAAGUAGGUGUUCCUGUUAUGUUACUAAAAAAUAUUGACUAA